AUGGCCUGGAGACAGCUGUUUCUGAUCUGUCUUGCAGCCAUUGCACUCCUGUCCAUGCUGCGGGAGGGGGCCGCUGUGUCAGUGGGCAUGAGGCAGGUGGCAGGACAAGAGGCACAGGAUGGUGAGUACCGGGGCCGCCCGAGGAUGUUCAUGCAGGAAUCAGAUGCCUUGAAUUUCCUCAAGAAGCGCAGCAAGCGGUCCCCUAGAUCCCAAGACGAGGUCAAUGUGGAGAACAGGCAGAAGCUGCGGGCAGACGAGCUGCGGAGAGAGUAUCAUGAAGAGCAAAGGAACGAGUUUGAGAACUUCGUGGAGGAGCAAAACGACGAACAGGAAGAGAGAAGCCGGGAGGCCAUUGAGCAGUGGCGCCAAUGGCAUUACGAUGGCCUAUACCCAUCCUAUCUCUACAACCGCCACCACAUCUGA